AUGCAACGAGAUAAACGAUUCAGUUACCAAGAAUACAACUCAUUGAAAGCUGAAUUAGAUAAACAAGUGAAUGAACAUCAACCAGACGAUCUACUUCAAUUUUGUACAACAUUUUUCCUAAAGCAAUUAGAAAAAGAACGCGCUGCAGAUCGAAACCAUCCACUUGUGACUGGACAUGAGCCAUCCGGAGAGAUUCAUCCAUUGGCUAUUCAGAGUGCAUCAAUGCAUGAAGAUGAUGAGGAUUUUGAGGACGAAGAAGAAGAUGAAGAAGAUGAGGAACGAGAUACUGUAUCGGAUGAUAUGCCUAACCUUGCGCCUCCGACCAACCGCGGCCGUCGUACAUCUGUCAGUGCUGAAUCCAUGCAACCCACUUUCCGCACAGAAAAGAUUGUGAUUCCAAAGAGCGACGACCAACGAGCCAAGAUUCGCACUGCUAUCAGUACCAAUUUCUUGUUUAAGCAUUUGGAUGAUGAGCAAUACCAAGAUGUUGUGAACGCUAUGACCGAGAAAAAAGUCAAGCAAGGCGAGCAUGUGAUCGAACAAGGUGCUGUAGGUGAUUACUUUUAUAUAGUCGAGUCGGGUCAAUUAGAUUGUUUCAUUGACGGGAAAAAAGUGACGUCUUAUGGCCCCAGUGGAUCAUUUGGUGAAUUGGCCUUAAUGUACAAUGCUCCUCGUGCUGCCUCGAUCAUUGCAGUGACCGACUGUGUGCUCUAUGCUCUCGAUAGAAUCACAUUUCGCUCUAUUCUGAUGGAAAAUACAAGUCGAAAGCGAACCAUGUAUGAGCGGUUCUUGUCGGAGGUUCCAAUUUUCAAAUCCCUGGAAGUUUACGAAAGACAUAAAAUCGCAGAUGCUCUUGAAUCUGUCACUUUUGAGGAUAAAGAAGUGGUCAUCAAGGAAGGUGAUAUUGGCGAAGAGUUCUACUUGAUUGAGAGUGGAGAAGCUAUAUUCUAUAAGACUAUGCCUGAUGGAUCACAAAAACAGGUCAUGGUGGGUAAAAAGGGAGAUUAUUUUGGUGAAUUGGCACUAUUGAAUGAUAAACCAAGAGCUGCCACGGUUGUCGCUAAUGGCCGCCUUCGUUGUGCAACGCUUGGUAAGAAGGCGUUUACAAGACUAUUAGGACCAGUGAUGGAAAUCCUGAAGCGAAACUCAGAAAAUUAUCACGCUGUACUGCAGCAAGUCGGCCAUUAA